AUGAGGAAAAAGGAUCAGGAUGACAUAAAGGCGUUCUGUUGGUUAUGGGAUUUCGCUGGCCAGAAGGAUUUUUAUGCUACACAUCAAGUCUUCAUGUCAAAAUGUGCAGUUUAUUUGCUGGUAACAGAUAGUUUAAAGUUCAGCACUGCUGAGAAGCCAGGGGUCAAUUUUGAAGAUUCGGCACAGUAUGUUAGGUUCUGGUUUGACGUUAUUCAUUGUUACUGGUCCACUAGAGUGAAAGGCCGAUUAGACCCCCCAAUCAUAGUUGUAUGUACAAACGAAGACAAAUUUAAGGAACCUUUAGAACGACAAAAACGACAGAAAGAAUUUAAAGACAAUUUGAGGCAAGUUCUGAAAGAACAGAAAAAGAAAUUACACUUGAGAAACAUUUAUUUUGUUUCUAAUACCGAGGAUGCUGAUGUUGUCUUUGAAGAGAUUAGAAUUGAAAUUUCACGUCAUGCUAUGAAUAUGCAAGAUUGGGGUAAAGACUGUCCAUUUAAAUGGCUCUUGUUUCAACAAGUCUUACUAAAGAUGAAAGAUAGUGAUGUACCGAUUUCAUCAACUGAAACAUUGCUUAAAAUUGCAAAAUUUGAAGAUAUUGGCUUUAGCAAGGAUGAUGAUGUCAAACAAUGCUUGCAAUACUGUCAUGACAUUGGAACAGUUGUGUACUUUGAUGGGGACAAAAUAGGAGAUCCUGUUAUUUUGGACCCUAAAUGGUUGGUUAAUGCAUUUCGAUGUCUUGUUUCUGAUAAGAUUGAAAAUGUUAUCAAAGUUUCAGAUGACUGGCAAAAACUGACAGAAACUGGAGAAUUGACUUAUUCACUAAUAUGCCGCCUAUUUAUGAAGGAACCGAAACUUAAGUGUUUAGAGAACAAAACACAUUUGAUUGAAGUAACAACAUAUGCUAUGGAUGUAGCAGGAUGA